AUGUCUGGAAGAGGUAAAGGCGGUAAAGGACUCGGGAAAGGAGGUGCCAAGCGUCACCGCAAAGUGUUGCGUGAUAACAUCCAGGGAAUCACCAAACCCGCAAUCCGUCGUCUCGCUCGCCGUGGCGGUGUCAAGCGUAUCUCCGGUCUGAUCUACGAGGAGACUCGCGGUGUGUUGAAGGUGUUUCUGGAGAACGUUAUCCGUGAUGCCGUCACCUACACUGAACACGCCAAGAGAAAGACCGUCACUGCCAUGGACGUUGUGUACGCGCUGAAACGACAGGGACGAACUCUGUACGGAUUCGGAGGAUAAACGACUUUAUUCAGGAGAAAUCAGACCAACCCAACGGCUCUUUUAAGAGCCACACACAAUCUCAGACAAAGAGUUGAUUUUCUAGAGUAGUUAUUCGAUUAAUAACUAUGUAUUAAAAUCAUUAUGAAUUUAAUCUUUGAAGAUCUGUACGGAUUUUUUGUAUCCGCAGCAGUACAUAAAUAAAAUAAUCGUCUUUCAUUGAAUAAACAUGGAUUUUUAAGUGUUUUGUUCAAUAUAUAUUCAAACACGUACAGAAUUACAGAUGACGUUUCCGUCAUAUUACAGUCCAGAUUUACUUGCGCAGUUCUAAACGCAGAACAAUUGAAAGAGAAAUACGUCUUUGAUAAUAAUAUGGAAUAUGCAAAAUAUCUACUUCUCAGAAAAGCAUUGUUGGAGAAAUAACUCAGAAAAAAGCUCUUUACUAACAUUUAUUUCUUGAGAAACUUAUUUUCUUUUUCAUAUUACAUUAUUUUACUAGAAAAAAUGAGCGGGAGAACUAAACAAAGGAAAUGUAAUCGUGUGGGGGGUGGAAACUUUCUAACAUGAGGCGAGAGGAGGGACUUUCAUUUGGAAGUCUUUGAUUGGCUCUUUCCGGUCCGUCAAACUUACAACUGUCCAAUGAAAUCAUUGAAUGUGUUUGACCAAUGAAAAUACGCCAUCAGUGGCGCGCGUCAUCUCCUCACAGAAUUAGCAUAGAGGAGGGAAUAAAUACUUCUGUGAGCUGAAUAAGAAUCAUUGUUCUGAGUUUGUUCUUCAGAUCAUCAUGCCUGAACCAGCCAAAUCCGCCCCGAAGAAGGGAUCCAAGAAGGCCGUCACAAAGACCGCCGGUUAGGGAGGAAAGAAGCGCAGAAAGUCCAGGAAGGAGAGUUACGCUAUCUACGUGUAUAAAGUCCUGAAACAGGUUCAUCCUGACACCGGGAUCUCUUCCAAGGCGAUGGG